UUUUUCUUUUGUUUUUUUUUCGUAUAUGCGUGCGUAAAUAUUGCUGUGUAUGUGCGUGUAAAUAUUGGGUACGGCACCAAAUAUUCAGCCUUAGGAAGCUCACAAUGGAAUCUUAAGCAGUAUCGUUCUUAGACUCUUGAAGCCAAACCCAAAAAGAGAUGGUUUUGACUUUCAGGAGCUUGAUUGAAUCCAGUUGGUUGCCUAUCUGGCUGUGUUCGAAUAUAAAUAUUUAUAUGGAGAACUUAGUUUCUGUUAACAUGAUUUAUUCAUAGGCAUCCAUGUCAAUUGCCUGUGGGCUUCCUGUCCUUGAGUGUGUAUACUGUCUGGCCUGCGCUCGUUGGGUGUGGUUAAAAUGCCUCUAUACUGCUGGCUAUGAAAGUGAAAACUGGAGCCUAGCUACUACUGAAGAAUUUGAGCCUGUUCCUCGCCUCUGUCGUCUAAUCCUAUCCGCCUAUGAAGAGGAUCUUCGUAACCCUCUUUGGGCUCCACCUGGAGGUUAUGGCAUUGAUCCUGAUUGUGUAGUCUUACGAAAAAACGAUGAAGAAACCCUUGGUCGUGUGACUCCGUAUAUGAUCUAUCUUGAUCAUGAUAAUGCUGAUAUAGUCCUGGCAAUUAGGGGACUCAAUUUAGCAAAGGAAAGUGACUAUGCGGUUUUACUUGACAACAAACUGGGGCAGACAAAAUUUGAUGGUGGAUAUGUCCAUAAUGGGCUAUUGAAGGCUGCUGAAUGGGUUUUUGACACAGAGUGUGAUGGUUUGAGGGAAUUGGUCGAAAAGUACCCCACUUACACCCUGACAUUCCUUGGCCAUUCCCUAGGAGCAGGGGUGGUGGCAUUAUUGACAAUGGUGGCAUUGCAGAAUCGAGACAAACUGGGAAAUAUUGAGAGGAACAGAAUCAGAUGCUUUGCUUUAGCUCCUGCUCGAUGUAUGUCUCUAAAUUUGGCUGUGAGAUAUGCAGAUGUUAUAAGUUCAGUGGUACUCCAGGAUGAUUUCUUACCUCGGACAACAACUGCUUUGGAGGAUGUAUUCAGAUCACUUUUCUGUUUGCCAUGUUUACUUUGCCUAACGUGCUUGAAGGAUACAUGCACACUAGAGGCCAAGAUGCUUAAAGAUCCAAGAAGGCUAUAUGCACCUGGUCGCCUCUAUCACAUUGUCGAGCGAAAGCCCUUCAGGAUAGGAAGAUUUCCACCUGUAGUGAGGACAGCAGUACCAGUGGAUGGGAGAUUUGAGCACCUAGUUCUUUCCUGCAAUGCAACAAGUGACCAUGCCAUCCUUUGGAUAGAGAGAGAAUCGCAAAGGGCUCUUGAUUUAAUGCUGGAAAAAGAUCGAGCCAUGGAAAUUCCGGCACACCAGAGGAUGGAAAGACAAGAGUCUAUUGUCCGAGAACACAGCGAGGAGUACAGGGCAGCACUUCAAAGGGCUGUAGCUUUGGAUAUUCCCCAUGCUUACUCAUCAUCACCUUAUGGGACAUUUCAUGAAAAGGAGGUAGGAGAAAAUUCUGGCCUAUUGGAUACGGAGAAUCCAUUAUCAUCAUCCAAAAGAAGGAGAGAAAGUUGGGAUGACUUUGUGGAGCGGCUUUUUGAUGUGGAUGAGACGGGUCACAUGGUGUUCAAGCAGUAACCACACGCUCAGUGUAGCUUAGCCAAUAAAUCAUUCUUUGAUCCAGGUUUUAUAUCCCUUUUGUGCUUAUAAUCGUAUCAAGGGUUAAGACUUUCAUUCAUUGUAUAGGUGUUAAUUAGUUAGGUAAAAGAUCAUUACCUUGACCUGUCAAAAAUAAAAAAAAUAAAAUAAAAUAAAAAGAAGAAGAAGAAGAAGAAGAUAUGAUCUGAAUAGUUAUUUAGUUUCAUUACUCAACUUAGUGUAAAUUUUAAUUUGUGCUUAAAACAAUAUAUUAUAUUUAUAUAUAUAUAUAUAUUUAUAAAUUGGAGAAGAAUUUUAAUAUUA